UAUAUGUAUAAUUUAGUAUUACGUGUUUAUGUAUAUGAUAGGUGACACACAUGUGAAUGGAAGAAGUCUUAACAAUUUAGUUUGUUAUGCUGAAGGUUUAACUUCAGUUUCAGCUGUCUCCAAGUCUCCAGCAUUCAGAUUGGUAAAUCAUAAAUACAACAAACCACCCAUGUCUGACAUAUUUUUGAAGAAAGAUGCCCUGAAUUUACUGAAGAAGAAACAUGUUGUCUUCUUUGGUGAUUCCAAUGUGAGAAGUCUUUAUAAGGACUUAUUGUGGCUGAUGAACAAAAAUUCCUUAAUUGAAAAGGAGGUAUUAAAAAGGAAGCUGGAGAAAUCAUAUCUAGAAGAUACAUUGGUGAAAUGCAGUGCGCUGCAUAAAGGAAGAGACUUUGAAGAGGUUCGAAGAUAUGAGAGAGGCAAUGUUUGUGUGGAAUACUCCUUCAUUACGAGGUGCUGGAAUAGCAGCAUUGAGCGUAUGAUGUCAGCCAUAAAGCAGAAGGAAAAACCAGCGCCUGAUGUAAUUGUGAUGAAUUCAUGCCUUUGGGAUAUCACCAGAUGGGGACCAAAUGGCGUUACUGCAUACAGGGAUAACAUGGUGAAACUGAUGAAGCUCUUUCAAAGCAGCCUCCCCACAGAAACGCUUGUAAUAUGGACAACAGCGCCACCUGUUUCCACAUCCUGCUUUGGGGCAUUACUAGUCAAGCAGGUAGAAUUUCUGCAGCACACUCUCCGAUUUGAAGUGAUGGAAGCAAACAUGUUCGCACGACAGAUUGUUGUGUCCCACGGGUUUGAUGUUUUAGAUAUUCACCAUCAUCUGCGUAUGCAGAUUCACAGGAGGGCAACUGAUGGAAUCCACUGGCUCCCAAUGCCUGUACGACAUAUGACAAAUCUUCUUCUCACGCAUAUUGCUUUGUCCUGGAAUGUCCCGCUGCCUGGUAAUUUCCAUAGCCGAAUUCUGGAAUCUAUACAGAAUCAUGAAACCGGAGAUAAAGCGGAGAUUGUGUUCCCUUCCUUGCCUCCUGCACUUGUGGAUGCAGAGGAGCCUGACAGAGGCACUACAGUGGAGUUGAAGCAUCCUGCAUCUCAGCCACAAGUGAAGACGCAUAGGAUUUCAGGGUUAAUGCAAAGAAGGAAGAAGAACAAGAAGGCCUCCAGGGUGCCACCAUCAUUGCCACAUCCACCCGUGAACAAAGAGAAUGUUCUUCCGAGGUCACAUGACCUUUAUGAGAGGUAUAACAAGUAUGGGGAGGUCCUGGAGCCCUGGGAACCUGUCACUUUGUAUAACAACUAUGGGGAGCCCAUCACCAUGAAACAACCAUUUUAUCGCAUGAUUAAGCGGCCCUGGCACCAGAGUUUGUUUCACAGGCAACAGAGAAAAGUUGCACCAUAUCAUUUCUGAAUGUCUCAUAUUGUCUCAUCCGCGCCUACACAGUGGGUGGCUAUUCAAUUAAAAUUCUUUCUUUUGGAUUUGUGGUUCUCAUGUUUUUUGACUUUGAAAGGUGUACUCUUGUGGGUUGUAGCACUGCGUACUUUAUAGAGGAAUGUACCACCUCCAUCUUCAGGGUUGAAUAGGAACCCAAACAAAUCACCAAGCUGAGUAAGCCAUGCAGGGAAAGGUACAGAUGUAGACUGGAG